AUGUCCCAAGCCGUUCCUUCACAAUUCCCUCUGUCGUUCUUCUUCUCCUCGACCACUCAGCAGGGAGCUGCCCCUUCCCGCCGUGGUCGUCACUCUCUCGAGACGCCUGUGCCUGAUGUCAACACUAGGGACCUGCAAGAAAAGAUCGUCAAGUGUUUGCGCCUCCCCGACAGGACCUACCUCUAUUCUCAAGGGGUUGGCUUGGCUCCAGCAGCGGCCCGUGAAGAUCUAUGGAGAGGUCUGAUGCACACUAUUCCCGUUGUGGAGGUGGACUGGCAGCAAGGCCGGUCGUUCCAUCUCGAUUAUGAUGAACGUAAUUCUCAACCACCUCAACCAGUCUCUUCAGAAGGGAGUGAUACUCAGCAAGCCGGGAGCUCAACUGCGGGAGCACCUGCAUAG